AUGGGUGAUGGAGCUGCAGGUAUUACAAGUGCAAUGUCAGUUAUACCACAAAGUCGUAGAUUAAUGAGUUGGGCACAUAUGAUUAGAAAAUGUCGUGAACAUAGAAAAGUGAUACCAAAUGAACAAAAAUGGUUAAAUGUUGAAAAAGAUAUUGUUAAUUUACAAUUAUGUUUUAAAGAUAAUUUGUUUAAUCAAGCAGCAAGUUUGUUAUUAGGUAAAUGGAGUUUAGACAAUCAACUAGAUAGAUUCCGUACAUAUUUUGAAGGACAAUGGAUAAAUGAUUUAUCAUUUUGGUAUGAAGGAGCGGUUUGUUUAGCACCAUCAACAAAUAAUGGUCUCGAAUCAUUAAAUGGCAAAAUUAAACAAUCAUAUACAAUGAGAAAUAAAUUAUCGUUGGCCACAUUUCUACAGACAGCAGAACGUAUGUUACGUGAUUGGUCAACAAAGAGUGCUACAGAUGGAUUUGCUCAUACAAUUCAUUUUGAAUCUGAUCUGGAAUCAAAGGCACAUCAAUGGUCACAGAAGAUUGAUCAAAGUCAAAUUAUUCGAUUAAGUAAUACCGGUUAUGUGAUACCAACUAGGAAAAGCAGUCAAAUCAACGGUCGUUUCGUACUCGACGAUGACCACGAUGAUUAUCAACGAACACGAAACGAAGAUUUUGAACAGUGGCUGUCAUUAGCAUCACCGUCAUUUUCAAAACGAGCAUUGCCGGACACGGAAGCAUUACCAUUCGUUUUCACAAUGUUCGGUAUCGACGAUGAUGUAGGGGAUCAAUUUACUGAAAGUGUUAGUCGCUUUGGUGAACAAGAAGUUAAACCAUUUAGUGAUGUUAUGUCAGGAGCCAUAGUAACGGCUAUACAACCGAUAUGUCCAGAACUAUUCCUUGAGGAAAAAUCAACUAUCGAUGACGGUCAGAUGGAAAUGAUGAAAAUGAUUCAUGAUAUAGAAGUUGAAAGAUUUCUCCAGAAAUUGAAUGCAAAUGAUCGAAAUGUAUUCGAUAGUGUAUUUAAACAGAUGAAAACACAAGAAAAUGCAGCAAAGGCAUGUAAAUCCGUAUAUAAAAUGCUCCCCGAAAAGCCGACUGUUUAA